AUGAGCCACGAAGAAGACUACACCACCAACAUUGACGAGCAGUUGCUCACAGCAGUCAAAAAUCAGGUUAACGCCCACGACCUCGACGAUGACUCCCGGGUGAAGUUGGAGUCUCAAAAAGACCACCAAAACCUUCAACAACAACCACUGCAAGAGCAAAGAGCCGCCCAGGCUGCUCAGGCUGCACAAGCGGCACAAGCUGCUCAGGCCCAAGCUCAGGCCCAGGCUCUAUACCACCAUCAGCAACAUUUGCACGAUGUGGGUGAUUCUGAGUAUAACAUUCAAAUUCCCGAGCCUAUAAUCGAUUCCAGACUGAAAAUAUAUCCGGUGCUGGAAAACACAAUCACCAACGAAGGUAACUUGAUCACGCGUCCUUUCCCCGAGCAGAUGUUCCACACUCGUGAGGAACUCAACGAGUUCAUUUCAGAGUUUGCCCGUGACAACGGGUUUGGCAUUGUUAUCGCUCACCUGAACAAGAAGGCUAUUUACUACACCUGUGAGCUUGGUGGCCGGUACCGCCACAAGAAGGGCAAGACUAUCCAACAGCAGGAGGAGGAGGCUGCGGAGCGCCAGCUCAAUGAGACUGGUACCGCGUAUGUGUUGGAACCACAUGCCAGAACCAAGAAGUUGCGGUGUCCAUUCAGCAUGACUGCCAGUUUCCGCAAACUGAAUCUGAUUUGGCUGUUGCGGACCACAUGCAAUGAGCAUAACCACCCGCAAUUGGACCCAUUGCUGAACCAUCCAAUGUUGCGCAAAAGACUGGAUGAGCUCAACUUGUUGAUUCUUGACUUGUACAAGGUGGGCACCAAGCCGCUGCAUAUCGAGGCCAAGAUCAAGCACCAGUUCCCCGAUGUCCUUAUAAAACGUGAGGAUAUUUACAACGAGAUCCGUGGUUAUAAGCGCAAGUUGAAGAAACAGAACAAGUACCUGUCUGCGGGUGUUGGAGCCAAUGGUGUCAAGAGACGCAGAAACGCUGCGCUGUACCAUCAAGUUAUGGAGGGCGAUGAUGAUGACGAGCAUGAUGAGGUUUUGAGUUACGAGUUGGAGAGACAGCGCCAAGAGGCAGAGCUCCAACGCCAGUUCCAGGCUGCAGAAGCUCACCAUCACAACUUAUCGCAUUCACACUCGCUUGCUCACCAUACCCACUUGGACGAGCAACAGUUGCAACAUUACCAGCAGCAAUUGCAUGGUCUUCAUGAUGGAGACCAUGGCGAUAGCACCGCUGCAGCAGCCAUCGCAGCAGUGGCAAGUGCAACUCAUGGCAACGGCAAUGGUGAUUUGUCUAUUGAUAAUAUCGACAGUCGCUUGGUUGGUGAGUAG